CGGAUCCAACAACAGGGACACCCGCCUCGAAUUGCCACUUCGACGACUUUCUAGCCUCCCCCAUCUCGUUUUCCUUGUUGGACAUGCCCGCUACGAAUGAUAUGAUCGCUCCUUGCCCAUCGAGUCUCCCGGAAAACGAUAGCAAUACAACAGAUCUCAGAAGAACAGCCUCUCUUCUUCCCCCCAGCAAUGGUCCUCCAAUAGAAACCACCACAGUUCCUGAUUGUCGGCCGCCUAACUCCGUACCGGAGCAAGAACCACCAGACAGCCAGUCGUUGGUGAUGAACGAACUCGACUCCGGGCUGACAUCCUCUUGCCUCGCCAAUGCGCUUCGCCUUCUCAAACAACUUCCCUCACCAGCGUCUACAUCCUGCCAGUCGUCCAGAGUCCAGGGCUUCGAGAAAAACCAAGGGCUCGGCCAAACCCCAUCUCUCCAAUCAGUAAUCGCCAUUAACGAAAAGAUUGUCCAGGCUAUUAGCGAUAUCCUGCAAUGUCAGUGCUCCCAGGAUGGACAUCUUCUAGCUAUUCUAUCUAUAAUUAUUUUCAAGGUCUUAGGCUGGUAUGCCGCUAUGGUGCGGCAAAUGCCUGGUUUUGAUGGUGACGGCCAGUGUUGGGAUGCCCUUGAUUCUAGUCAUCUGGCACAGCAACAGCUCAGACAGGCACAAAGGACUCCCUUCAGGGUGGUUGAUAACUACUGUGUGGAUGGCGAGGAUAAAGUUCGCAUAGCCGCGCAGCAGAUUCUCAGCCAACUCCACCGUGUUCAACGUUUGGUCAAUAUCUUUUCGCAGCGCUUCAAAAUCCAUAAGGGGCACACAGAAGCCUCGAGUUCCUCCUCCUCAUCACCCUCCGGCCCUGUCGGGGUUUCAUCCGUAGAGAGUUUAUUUUAUGUUCCGGGUUCUCUGUUGGAGCAGAUUGAGGGUGACCUACGCAAGCGCCUCCGCAACUUGUCGGCAGAGAUUGUAGACACCAUUCGCUAAGAAUGGCAAUAGGCAAAACAGAAAAACAAUAAAAGGACGCAUUUUAUGAUAACCUCUAUGAGUCUAUCAAUCUAGAUCAAAACUAAAAUUACCCAG